AUGGGUAGUGAUCAGGUGAACAUGGCUUAUGGCGGAUUCAUUCAUAACUAUCUUAACCGACAGUUAAUGGUAUCCUUCUAUCUGUUGCUGAUGUCUAUCUCCACAGCUCUCACACCACUUCUCAAGUCUUUCAAAACAUUUAUGGUUUUAUCGGUUUUCUUCGGUUUAGGCGAAGGAGGUUUCGAUACGGCAUGUCAUGCGUGGAUACUUGAGAUGUGGGAGAACGACAACGGGCCGUAUAUGCAGGCCUUGCACUUCACGUUCGGUUUGGGCACACUAUUGGCCCCUUUGAUUAGUUUUCAAUUCUUGGGUGAGAAUCGCAAUUCGGGGUUGAAUUCCGGGUCCCGUUUUGGUACCACUGAUAAUAUCAUUAGCGGUCCGUCGGGCGAAAGAUCGAGAAAGUCGUCAAAAUCAUCGAUAGUUUCCGCAGAAAGCGUCAAACUAUUGAACAAUAACUUAGAGGCCAAAAAUCAUUCGGGGCCCGAAAGGGGCCGAACGGCCAGACGAUACUCAAAGGGUUACUUAGUAUCGUUGGUAUCCAUCUGUUCGGUGAUGUUCUGCUUCUAUGAAGGCAUGGAAAACAUUAACUUUGAAUAUUUGUCCACAUUUUACUACAACACUGAACUCAAUCUCACGAAACAGACAUCCGAUCUGAUCGCGUCCUCCAUGUCCGCCGCGUACACCAUUGGUCGAGGAGUUGGCAUUUUCCUGGCCAUCAAAGUGCAGCCAAAAUAUUUCCUAUACUUAGAUCUAGUGUUAAUAGCGUCGGGAAAUGCCAUACUAUACGUGUUUAGCAACACAUCCGAAGUGAUGGUGUACUUUGGCACAAUAGUGUUGGGGUUCGGCUUUUCCACAGUAUUUCCCUGUGUGUUCACAUAUAUGGAGCUAUUCAUACCCAUGACAGACAUGGUCUGCGGUAUAAUCACGGUCUCGGGUGCCCUCAUAGCCAUCAUAGAUCCCAUAAUAGUGGGCCGAUUCAUAACAGAUGCCCCGUAUAUACUACUCUACCUAAAUAUCGGGAGCACUGUUUUGGUGGUCAUUGCUUUCCUAACCAUUGAAACCAUUACUUACACAAAGAGACGACAGGACAGACUCGCACUCCAGACUUCAUACAAUACCUUUGAGUGAUUGAUCUACUCUCUAGUGAUAAUCUGUGAUCCAAU